AUGGCAGGGCCCGGGGCGCGGAGGCUGCGCGGCGGCCACCAUCCACCGGGGUUCCAGCUGACGCUCGCGCUCCGGCUGGCGCUGCUGCUGGCAUGGCCACCGUCGGGCCGAGCGGGGGCUCCCGAGGCGCAGGGGCCCGCGGCACCUGGCACCGCAGCCCCGGCCGGGGGCGACCGCUGCCGCGGCUAUUACGACGUGAUGGGCCAAUGGGACCCGCCCUUCAACUGCAGCUCGGGCGCCUACAGCUUCUGCUGCGGCACGUGCGGCUACCGCUUCUGCUGCCACGACGGGCCGCGGCGUCUCGACCAGAGCCGCUGCUCCAACUACGACACGCCAGCCUGGGUGCAGACCGGCCGCCCGCCAGCCCGCGCCCGCGACGCCGCCGCGCCCCGGGACCCCGGCCGCGAGCGCAGCCACACGGCCGUCUACGCGGUGUGCGGCGUCGCCGCGCUGCUGGUGCUGGCAGGCAUCGGGGCGCGGCUGGGCCUGGAGAGGGCGCACAGCCCGCGCGCGCGUCGCACGGUGACCAGGACACUGACAGAACUUCUGAAGCAGCCAGGCCUCCAGGAACCCCUGCCUCCACCUCUGGGGCCGAACCUGGGUAGCUGUGUCCAGGUGCAGAUGGGGGAUGGUCUUCCAGAGGGCUCCCCCCAUGCCAGCACAGAUAAGAAACGCCUCAACAAUGGGCCCCUGGGGUCGGCCACCCCCGGACCCCCGCGCAGACCCCGGCUACAGGGCAGCAGCAGCAGGACGCUGCAGCCCGACUAUGCCAAGUAUGCCACCCUCAAGGCUGCUCCGUUCAAGGCCGCAGAGUCAGCCCCGCAGGACUUCUAUCAGCGCUUCCCUGCCUCUGAGCCUGCUCUGCAGCCCCACCCAGUGCGGGCCCCACGGCCUCCUGAGAACCUACCUGAACUGCUGGACACCUGCCCCUGGGCCCCACCGGGCUAUGCCCACCACGUGGGCCUCGCUGCCUCGGGCCAGUAUGGAGCCUGGAACGCCCGUCGCCCGGCCCGGCCCGCCCCCCGCAGCCACCCAGCCUCGCAGGUGUCCCCAGCACCUCGACGUCCUGCUCAUGCGCCCCGGCGCCAGCUGAGCGUGGAGAAGCUCCCCGAUGCCAUCAGCCCACAGCCCCCCAGUCUCUAUGGCAGCACCAGCCGCGGGCCUCGGCACCUGAGCACCAACAGCAAAGCUGAGGUCACUGUGUGACGUGGAAUCAAUGCAAGGAGAGGGGUCCAGCUGGGAAGGCCAGCUCGUCCUUCUGCACCAACCGGACAGGGCCUUGGAGACUGUAGGGCCUGGAUUCUUGGUGUAAAUAAAUCCUGUUCUGUGGUUCCCACCCCUGAGAAUAAAGGAGCCCCAGCUUGGCUGA